UUUACCUGUUUGAAUUUUCUGAUAUAACAUAAACAUUUACUAUGCACUACUUCUGAUUACUUAAGAUGUAUUUGUUUAGUAGGUGAAAUUACCUAAGAAAUCUACUGGUAAACACGUGUGUAUUUGUCAGGAUGUCAAGGUUUCAAAAUAAAGCAGAAACGUGUAGGAUUGGUUUGAACAUGACCCAUACCUGUGAUUCUGUUGAUGUAGAGUUGAUGCAGAGUUAGAAAUCCAAUAUGUUCAAAAUGUAAAAAAUCUCAAUUUAUUAAGGUUUAAAUCUGAUAAAAUGUGAUAGAAACCCUCCAUAGAUACCCUUGUUAUGGAGUUAAAUGUUUGAUUCUAUGGUGAAGAAUGGAUAACGUUCAACAUCGAAGAAAAGAGUUCGCAAACAAGGAUAGUGGUUGUAUGAACUCAAGUCACAAUGAUGAAUCAUCAACAGACAGAAAGACGGAGAAAGAACGAGAUGAAGAUAAAAAAGCAGAAAAAAGAGGACUAUCCCUCCUAACUUACAUCGCGGAUGAGUUGAAGCGAGAUUACAUGUUAGAGCACAAUGAAAAGAAGUUAAAAGAACGUAGAAAGAGAGUAUACACGUUUGUGAAGACGCCAAAAGAGUUGGAGAAAUUUUUGCUGUUUGGUUUUCUGUUAUGUUUUGACGUCUUCUUGUUCAUCUUCACAUUUUUACCUCUACGUUUGCUGCUCGCAGCUUUUACAGUGUUACGCAGAUUGUGCAGUUCAACGCACAGAAAUCUUUUGGAUCCUGUUCAAAAAAUAGACAUAUUAAAAGCGAUAAUCCUAGUAACUGUGAUAUCAUUGAUGCAAUAUAUUGACACAUCUGUCAUCUAUCAUGUUGUCCGAAUUCAGUCUGUCAUCAAAUUAUAUGUGGUUUACAAUAUGUUAGAUAUGGCGGACAAGUUGUUGGCUUCAUUUGGCCAGGAUGUAUUGGACGCGCUAUAUUGGACAGCAACUGAACCACGCGGACGUAAAAGAGAGCACGUUGGAAUCCUACCACACCUCGUGUUAUCUUUAGUGUAUGUCUCGUUACAUACUUUACUGAAUUUAGCACAAGCCAUUGUUUUGAAUGUGGCGAUAAAUUCUUUCAACAAAGCCUUGCUUACUAUCAUGAUUUCCAACCAGUUUAUAGAAAUUAAAUCGAGUGUUUUCAAAAGAUUUGAGAAGAACAACUUAUUCCAAAUGUCUUGCAGUGAUGCUCGCGAAAGAUUUCACUACUUGAUACUUUUACUUGUUGUUGGUCUGCGAAACCUGACAGAGUAUGACUGGAACCUAGAAUACGCUUAUCGAUCGUUCGCUCCAUUUGCAGCCGUGGUUAUUGGUUCGGAAUUUUUGGUUGACUGGUUUAAGCAUGCAUUUAUCACGAAAUUCAACAAUAUACAACCUGAGGUUUACACAAUGUAUCGGACUUUUCUUGCAAAGAAUAUUCUUCACAGUAAACACGACACGGUAUUCACUGGUCACACUGACCAAGUAUCAAGAAGGAUGGGAUUCACAGCUCUUCCACUUGCAGUUCUUCUGAUUAAAAUUAUUGGUCAGUGCGUCCAUUUAUCAGGAUGGCGUGGAAUUUUAUUUGCUACACUGGCCUAUUUUUGUUUGUGCGCAUUAAAACUUCUCAUCAGCAUCAGAAUAUUUGGAAAAGCAUCCGAGUACGUUAAAGACGAAGUUAAAAUAGUAGGAGACAGUUCAAACGAAAGAAUAUACAACCCGAGUUGGUCGUUUGAACCUUUAAGCAGUGUUCAAGAAAUACAUGGAGGUUUUAACAGUGACACUAAAUUAUUUUCGUCGAGAACUUCUGUUGUUGGAGAAUCAUCUUUUUAGUUUGUAUUUUGAUACCAGUAGAAAACUUCUUCGCUAUUUUUGUUUUUCGUUUUGACGGUUUGUAACAUGUGCGAUGUAGUUAUGUGUUCUCUAUUAGCGUCCUGCAGUGUUUUUUAUAGAAAAUUGUUUCGUUUUGGGAAUACUGUAUUUAAUUAUUACGUUGUUUUAUGUUUAAUGCAACUUAUUAAAAAAAAUAUAACACUUUUUCUCCUAAUAUCUUCUCCUCCUAUUAAUCUUGUGGACUGAUUGUGAUUGUAAAUUUCUUGAAUAGUCAUGGCAGGUCAGAAUGUUGCUGCGUGUGAAUGUAACUAUAUUUGUACGAGCUGAUUAUCAAACUUCAUCAUCUUUUGGAAAUAGAAUUUGCUUUCGUUAAA